GUCGCGUUGUUAGUCGCACGUUUCGCGUCGUUGCGUUGGUAACGUUCGGUAAACAGUUUAUUGUGGUGUUUUCGUUCGAUUGUGUCAAAUUGCGACGAUUGUCUAAUUUUUUUAUUACGUGAACCAACACUUCUCUUGCUCUUUCUAUCUCGAAUAAUGUGCACGUUCGUUACGCGGCAAAUUAGUACAAACAAACUUAUCGGUAGUGAUAUCAGCUGAUAAAGAAAAGUGGGGAAAAAGUUAACGAAGUCGAAAAAACGCAUGCUUGUGAGCCAAAAAUAAAGAUUGCAGCGUUGAAAUACAAAAAUCACAGAAACGCAAAUUGCGACCAAAAGAGAUAACGCUGCUUUACGACCUCGGAAAGAAAAAAAAAACCAAAAUCGUUGUGACGUCGCAAGUGGGAGAUGCGUUUUUCGCUUUGAAUCUGAAGAAAAGUGCAGAGAAUGUAGCAAAAGGCGAAGCAAAUGCAAAGACAACAACCGCGUGCUUGAGUGAGUGAGUUUCGAUCGAUUUGUGCCUUCCUACCUUCCUACCUACCUGCCUGUUUUCCGUCGUCGUUGUCAUCGUUGUCGUGCACUAUUAUGGACGGUUGACUCCGACUAUGGCAUGAUGAUGAUGAUGAUGUUGAGGACCUGUUGUAACUCGCGUACUGCGGUCGUCGUCGUAGUCGUCGUCGAAUGUUGUCGUCAUCGCGCGGAGGAUUGAUUGAAGUUGCUCCUGCGAGGUCGUCCGUCAGUUCCUCGAGUGUGUUCAUCAGUGCGCGGUGCUAUCAUAACCUGGGAGAUUUAAAACAAACAAAAAACCGUAUGGAUCAAGUUUUCAACUGGAUUCAGUCAGAUCCAGAAUGAUGUGAUUUGCGAUUCGUGCCAGAUCUGGGGCGAACGAACGUGACGGAAUCCAGAAUGUGCCGGUUGAUUUCGAGUGAUAAAAAUCGUAGGGCAGAGUGUGCUGCGAGAGCUGUUUUUCGUUGAAUGAGAGUGAUACAAUUUAUUAAAUGCUGUAUUAUUUUUACGAGGUCCCCAGCGUGCCUGGAAGCGAUUCGAAGAGAAAAUGGAGCAGUGAGUGAACGUGAUUUUUCGACAACUACGGUGCCAUAUCUAGAUAAGGUUUCGGGUGAGUGAUUGGCAAAUGUGGUUUGCCGAAACCCGUUUUCGUUAUCGAAGAGUGUGAUUUGAAUUUCCAACAGUGCUAUUGAAACGAGUAAGGUGACGUGAAGAAUAAAUGAUCGUUAGUGUUAAUCAAAGUUGCUGAAUAUGGAACGUCUCGACCAGAAGGUAGCGACAACAAUGGAUAACGACGUAGCUGAUAUGGGCAGGGACAUGGUCCAGAAUGAGGACGAUGGGUACGAACACGAGCAGCGAGAUUUGAGCAGGGCUCCCGCACAGGACGGGGAAGUAGAUUACGACGGUGACUUCAAAGAGCACUAUGAAUGUCGCUUCGAUGGCAGUUGGUCCGACAACAAUCUGAACGAAAAGCAAAACUACGCCGACCAGGAGAAGGACGACGUGGUCUACAGCGAGCAGUACAUCCAGCAGCCGGUCGUCGACCCGUUCCUCAUCAUUCCCGAACCACCGGAGAAUCUCGAGCUGCAACAAUGUCCAAUCUGUACGCGCAACUUCGUGCCAACGUCGUUGGCCAAGCACAUCGGCAUCUGUGAGAAGAUGCAAAGCAAAAAGCGCAAACCAUUCGAUUCGUCCCGCCAACGCCGCGAGGGAACCGAACUGGCCUCGUACCUGCCAAAGAACUUCGGUCUGCCCCAGAAUCACCCGCAGGCCCGAGUUUCACCACCAAAAACGACAAACCCCGUACGAAAGCUAAGCACAAGCAAAACCCCCACUCCACAGCGCAAAGAUUACGGUGACAACGGAAUCAACCAUCUUAUGUCCAGUUCCCUGACGCUGGCCAGUACGACGACGCCAACCGGAACCGGCCCGAACGCAGCAAUGGCAAGCAGUUCAUGUACCACAACUCCACGACCUAUCCUGAAGCGAAGUCUGUCGCAACAGAACGAACCCUGCCCGUACUGUGAACGUUGCUUUGGCUUCAAAGCAUUCGACCGACAUGUCGAAUGGUGCCGCGAGAAGGCCCUGCUCACCAAGAACGCCAACAACAACAAUUCGAUUUCCGCUGCCAAAGAGAGGCUGCAAGCUCGGAUCCAGUACAAAGCGCCUCAAAUCAAGUCAAAACGUGCCUUAAACCGCGAGAAGUACUCCGGCAGUCUCAGCUGUGGUGGCUCCACCAACAGUCUUGCAGAUUUGGAUCUCCCCCUACCGAGGCACCGAAGUCAUCUGAACUCGAUGAGUUCCUCCAUCUCCAGUGAUAACAAAUCCGAUCACUCGGGAUCGUUGAAGAAAGUAUCCCCGCCAAAUGGUAAUAAUGGUCAGCAACAGCCGCCGCGGCAGCAUCAGCAGUUUGAGCUGAUAGCUACGUCCAAACACCAAACCGCUACCGGCAGCGAGCGCAAGGGUGGUGCAAAGAAGCUUGAAAUCAGGGCCAAUAUUUUGGAGAACGAAAACUUCAUGCGGGGCAACGAUAACAACAACAACAACAACAAUCCAGGUAGCAAAAUUUUCAGCAACAACCUGCUCAUUAGGCCAACGCAGGACGUCCGACGGGAGAAGGAGCAAGCGGUGUCCAUCGAGCGGGUUGAGAAAUUGGAGCUGAUUGGGCGCGGCGGCGAACAGCAGCGGAUUCCACUGAAGCGAGGCGCCACCAAGAUCGUUAAAUGCAACAAGAGUGGGUUCACGCCGGACAGAUACGAUCCAUUUAUAUCUGCCAAGAGGCAGCUGGAGGAACUAUUCUCAGCAUCUUCCGGCUACAAUGCCUCGACUCCACGACAGCAGCAGAACAACAGUCGAUCGACGACUCCCCUGACUCCGACAGCUAACUGUAUGAGCAAAUCCGUCGUUACACCGACAACCAAAACAUCUCCGGUCGUCAACUCCAACUUUAGACGUGCGUCAUCGUUGCGGAUGCCCCGAAAGGUAUCCCGGCCAAUGUUCAUAGAGAAAGCUAAGUCAAACAUCCAGAAGGGCAUCACCGACGAUGGGCCGGUUUCUCCAAACUUCCUAAAGUCCUCCGAGUACGAUGAGAUCCCAAUCAAGUCGGCUUUCAACGCGCUACAAAUGGCAGAGAAACCGAAAAUGCGCGAUUCCAGUACGACGCGAAAGAAUCUCAAACUAGACAUUAAAGAUCCGAACAUGCCGGCCACGGAUGUUCCUCUGUCGAAAACGGACUCGUUAGCCGUAUUCUUGAAGUACGAACACGAACUUAACCUGGCAGCGAUGAGCGAGAAAGACAUGAAAGAUAAGAGCAAUAGCUUGAGUAAACGGUCUUUGUCGCUGGGCGGUCAGGAGCGGAAGGAAUCGAUGCUCUACGGAGGUGUUACCGGUAAUGGGUUAAAAAACGAUCGAUCGCCUCAAGAUGAAAAGGACAAAGCGGAGAAGAUCCUCCAAAAUAUACAACCAUUCAAAAAGCUUCCACAAAAGCUUAUUCCGAUUAAGCUAGAGCCUAUUAACAUAACCUACAGUAACAAUAACAGUAGUCAAAAGACUAUUAACAAUGUCAACAAUAGCAGUAAGAGUAACAAUAUCACUAAGAACAAUAACAACAACAUCAACAGUAGCAACAUCGGCACAAGUAAACCGGCUGUAAUAUCACUGGAUGCGAUUCUUGGUAAAAAGCCCAAACCUCCCCCUCCUCCACCUCCACAGGAAGAGAAGGAGAACCGCAAGGAUCCUAACUAUAUCGAUCCAAAGCUUAUCAACAAAUGUGACAACCUUCCAAUAGUAGCUACCAAGCUAUCGUCCUCCGAAUCGGAGUGCAGUGCAAGUACGAUCGAACUGUCAAAGAAACCAACCGAUUCAAACCGGCUAGCCGAAUCUUCCAACAGUUCACCGGAAAAUUCAGGCGGUGAGACUGGUGGUGUUGACGGCGGAGUUCAACAGCCGAUCCUAGACAAAAAACUCACAAACGACAGUACAAACGACGACUCCUACGACACAAGACCGACGUUAACCAGACAGAACGGCACGGCCACCUGUAGCAGUAGCAGCAGUAGAGAUAGCAGCCGCGAAGAAAGCCCAGUAGAACAACAGCUGCGUAGUCCACUGGCACGAAACCAAAGUCAUCUUGAUGAUACCAAACCCCAGACACCGGACUCGGGCUUGGAGCGAACCACUCCAAAGCCCUCCACCCCGAUACCGGUCCAGAAGAAACCGGAGCGGCCACCUCUGCCGUCGUUCGAUGACUUUGACUUUGACGAAUUCAUUUCCUCCUUCGAAGACGAAAGACGAUCUUUCAAAAAUGCCCUCUACGCCCGUAGUACCAACUCUAACUGCAUCACCAGUAGUAGUAAUAGUACCAGUUUCAUUCAGCAUACCAACAGUAGUGUUUUGGAUAAUAGUGUGAAGAGUGUUACUAGUUUGAACGGUAGUGUUAGUAGUACCAGUAGUCCUAGCCAUGUCAAUUCUUCAAACAGUCCCCACUACAACAGUAUCAAUACCAAUGGUAGAUCUGAUGAAACACAGACGACGACUCACCAACCGAAGGAACCGCCUCAAGUGCCACGACGUCGACACAUCGGAGAGCUGAAUCAUACCCCGUCACACAGCACAAUACGAAAUCUUCCAAGCCUUCAGGGCAGCAGCGUAACCAAACCAGCGGCACCAACACCCACAGAUCCGAGGUCUCCGAAGGCAACCCACGCUUUCGGACCAACUAACGAUAACAUCAAUAACAACAGUAGUCCGCUUCCGCGGGACACCCCAUCUUCGUCGCGCCUUGGUAGUGGUAAUAGUUUUAAUCAUCACCAUCAGCCAUACCAACAUCAUCAUCAACAACAACAACAUCAGCCAUCAACAGCGAACCACACGAACAGCAACAACAACAACAACACGAUUUCAGCACACCUGGUCCCACAGCCAUACACAGCUACAGUUACAAACGCGGGAUCGCCACUGUUCGAUUACCACGGCAUCAGUCGGCACCAGUCUCCACUGUCCAACGCCAACAAUGGCAGCAAUGGCAGUGGAAUUGGUGGGCCUGCUAGUGGUGGUGGGGGCGGUGGUAUCAUAUUCGACGAUCUCUCUCCGACAGAGCGGGACCUGAUGAAGAGCGUCCAGGAGCUGGAUCGGAUGUGCGAGUCGUCAUCCUCGAUGUAUCCGGCCGACUCGGACGAGAUGUCGAGCGUGGAGGGCUACCCGCUGUCCAAUUCGCCGAGGGACCACGGAAGUGCACGGCACCAUCAUCACCGAUCGGAUCGACCGUCAGCCGAGGGAUCCAAGUUCAGUGCCGAUUCGGCCUAUGGCAGCAGCUUGUCCCGUCAGUCACCUCCGGAGCAGCAUCACACAAUCCGCCGAGCGUACGGACAUCACCGUGGUGGCAGCAAGUCCACCAACGCCACUAGUCAACAGGAUACGUUCGAUAAUUCGAGCGGAUCCGAAUCCUCCCUGCCCCCGAUAACGGCCACACUGAAAACGCAAAAGGUGGAACUGCACGCCCACAAGGUGACCCCGGCGGCGCUGGCAGGAGCGAAAAAUGCCGCCUCCUUGCAAAUGUCCAAAUUCUGCCACGAGUGUGGCUCGCGGUUCAUGAUCGAUACGGCCAAGUUUUGCAUGGAAUGUGGCAUCCGGAGGAUAAUGCUAGAUUAAAACAUUUCAACAAUUUUUUUUCCAGUUCUUUAAGACAGUUUUAUAUAAACGCACUUUUUUUUCGUUCGUUGGUUUGAGAAGAAACUUCGUUAGGAUUGUGAGUAAAAUAAAAUUCUAGUGGCAUAACUUUCCCGAUUAACACUGAAA